AUGAGCAUAGUACAGCAUCGGCUGAAAGGAGAAGUUUACGAUUUUAUAGGAAAUGAUUGGCUGGAGGCAUACAGACACCACAGGGAGUGCCUCCUGAUUCGUUUGCUGCUUCGCGUGCUGCCUCCCGCUGAGCGAUACACGCAUUUGAGCGUGGCCCGACGUGCUAUAGUGCCUUGGCGUGAUGGUAGCUUGAUGGUAUCUGCGGAUUCAAGAAGAAGAGAACCAGAAGGUUCCACUUGUAUGGCGGGGGUCUCUGCUGACGAGGACCGUCGUAGCUACAGCCUAAGGGACCUUGAUGGCAACGAAAGAGCGUGCGAUGGGAGGAGUUGUGCCGUUCCUUCUUCUCCCAAUCACUGCAGCAGGAGCUGCAACAGGAGCUGCAGCAAGAGCUGCACCAAGAGCUGCACCAAGAGCUGCACCAAGAGCUUCAGCAGGAGCUUCAGCAAAAGCGACAGCAAGAGUUGCAGCAUCCCUGUGGGACCAUGGGGAGGGAAGCUGCCUAAGUCUGCAGGAGCUGCAGCGCAGCCGUCAUCAACCCGCGUGCUUCGUAUUGGCAGCAGCAGCAGCAGCAGUUCUCGCUUUUCUGCUGCCAGAGGUUUCGUAGCAAAGCUGCAGAGACACCCAUUUCAUGCUCCACGUCAUCUGCACUCAUGGGAGGAGGAGGGGUUCUGCGUGGGGCCACCGCGGCAGCCCGGUUGCCAGGUGUGGGAGGGGUUGUUUGUGGGGUUUGGUCGAGGAUUCCGGCUGCUGCGCUAUGAGGCGGUGCAGCAGCAGGUUAAACACAGGGAAGCCAGCAGCAGGCGACAGACGGCUUGUGCUUUGGGGGUGUCGAUGCUGUUCUGUCUGGUGGUUGCUGCUCUGUGGCCCGUCUCCAUUAAAGUGCUGGAGGCUCUCCAUGCCCCCCGCAGCGCUAUCGUCUCCUUUUCUCUCGGCUGCGGGGCGGUGUUUGGGGCUUGGAUCCUGCAUGCAGCCGUUGUCGCCUUCAGAAAGAAACUCAAGCUUUCUGAUAAGGCCGCCCUGCAAUUCACGCUCUUCCUCCUUAGCCUGACGCUGCUUUUGACGUUGGUGUGGACGAAUGUAUACAUGGGGAAUUACGCGGAUGACAGAAGGCGGAAGCACUCUAAACUUGUGGAAGAGGCGCAUGCAGCAGCAAAACUGCGUGCAGGGGGAGGGCCAAACGGCCUUCUGCAUGCUGACUUUGCUGCUGCUGUGGGGAGCCCAGCGAGGCACCGAGAUGCCUCUGAAGCUGCUGUUGGCAACCCUGUGGACGGCUCUCCUCUGUCCCACUCAGCACCUGUUGCUUCAGGUGCUGACCUAGACACACGGCUUGCAGCUGCAGCAGCGGCAGCUAGCAGGGUUCACGCCGCCACCAUGGGGGCUGCUGUUCAGAUGGACAAGGCGUGCGGUGGCUACGUGGGCGGCGAGUCCCACGAGCCAAUGGGUGUCUGCGCGUUCAUAACGGUGCUGCUCCUCACGGUCUCCAGCGCUGUUUCCUACUCCCUCACAGACUUCUCCCCUGCCUUCUCAGCGUGGUCAUGGCCGUUGUACUUGGCGUUUCCCGUCUUGACGGUGGGGACAGUCGUAGUCUCGAACUUCCUUCUCGGCCAUCCUCUUGCGGCAGAGGCUACGUAUAUGGCGGUUUUGCUCUUGAGCGGCAUCUGGGGCUGCGGCUUCGCCAACCGAUUCGUCAGCGCGGCGAAGCCGCAGACGGAGUUCAUACCAAUCAUGGCUGCUGGAAGGCCACUAACAAAGUCCAACUCCUCUGGUGCAAUUGAACCAGCAGGAACAGAUGCAGCAGCAGAAGCAGCAGUGGCCGACGUCAAUGAAGCAGCAGCAGCCGCAGAAGGCGAAGGGGGCUGCAGCAGUGCUGCAGUAUCGCGGGGGUCGCCUUGUCUCAAGCUUCGUAAGAGGGGCAGUAGUGCCCAUUUAGAUGUCCGUUCUCUCCAGGAACUGGAGUGCAAGCCGCAGCAGCCGGUGGACGACUUGAGCGCCUCCUCUUUGGCAGGGCAGCAGCAGGAGCACCUGCAGCAGCUGCAGCAGCUGCAGCAACUGGAGCAGCUGGAGCAACAACAGCGGCUACAACAGAUGGCUUGCAGUUCCCUGGACCUUCUGACGGCAGUAUGUUCUGAUGCUUGUAACCCUGACCCUAAGCUUCAGACAUUGUUGAGUAGUGCAUUGUCGAGUGCUGACGAAUUGUAUUCUUCUUCUUCUUGCCAUCCGUUACAUCGAUCCGUGGAACCGGCUGCCAGUCAACGUUGGCUAUCAGCGAUACAUUUGCGGACUUCUUUAACGCAUGCUAACCCGCAGGGUUGCUGUUUCGAAGUGCCCGUUUGUGUGGGAGGGUUCCCGUCACCACCUAUCCCACAGCAGCAGCAGCAGGUGCAUGCACACGCGCAGAUUCCGAGCAGCCAGGAGAUGAUUCACAGCAGCUCUCUCCUAGACGACGGCGCUUGGCUUCACGUUCGCGGAGCUUGCGAGCUGGCCAGCAGCAGCCCAAGCACCAUCAGCAGCAGCAGCAGUGGGCGGCGCUGCGUGGGUUCAGAUUACCCGCAGCCCUUCUCAGAUGAGCAUGACGUGGAGAGCGUAGUCUCUGCUUGGACACCGCUUGCUGCUGCUCCUUUUGCUGCUUCUUCGGGAUCCAGCAGCAGCUGCAGCAUACAGCGCGGUCAAGAGCCACUUGAGGAGGCAGAGGUCCCUGUCGCAGUAAAGCCUGCAUCUGCUCCUUCCGAGCCAACUGGGACCGUUCUUUCCCCUCGUGAUGCUGCUGCUGUCGUGGGCAGAGUCAGGGAGCGAGGGCCUGCUUGGGAUGUACAGACACGUCCACCGGUGAAAACUUCCCCCCGCUUGCGGCCCGUUCUCCUCGUUGGCCGGCUUCUGCCACGCAACGACACCGCAAGGGCCUCUGAUAGGACAGCCGCUGGGACGGAGGCCACGGAAGAUGAAGACAGCAGCGACCUGGGGGCUGUGGCUGAGGGGCAGCCCACGAACCCAAUGCGAAUUCAAACCCCACGCGGGAAGAACAGAAGCGCCGUGCAUGGAAAAGGCUCAUACGAGUCGCUCGGCACCGCAGCAUCGCAGUCGUUCACCUCGCCUCCCGCCUUCGGGGGCAUAGGCUUGGACUGGGAUGCAGAUAUCCUUUCCCUCUCACAGAAUUACCAGGGAAUGCUGCAACGCGUUGGCUGGGUGCUGCUGCGGCCCUUCGUGAGCCUUCUCGGCUGCGGCAACACGCCGGUUAUUCAGCUGCUGCAACACAUUGAGGCACGCUAUGACCCAGAUAUCCCAUACCACACGGCCACACACGCUGCGCAGGUGGCACAUGCAGCGAUGGUGUUGAAUACGAAGCUCGAUCUGGACCCAGGAAAGGAGAAAACGGGGAGUUUCUGUCUGGGGUUAGCGGCCUUGGCGCAUGACGUAGGUCAUCUGGGUAAGACGAACGGCUUCUUGCAACAGUCCCGGCACCCGCUAGCCACCAUCUACAACGACAGGUCGAUUUUGGAGAACUUCCACGCCUCCGUUUUAUUCAGGAUCAUUAACGAGAUACCAUCCGCCAAUAUCUUUUGCACCCAAGACUCUCAGUCUUACCAGGCUCUACGACAACAAAUAAUCGCUCUUAUUCUCGCUACAGAUAUGAAGGACCAUGUGGACUUGGUUUCUCGAUGUAAAACUCGACGGGAGUGCCCAGACUUCAACUUGUUUUGCCGGGAAGAAGACGCAUUGCAUGUGCGCAAGAUGCUGCUUAAGAUGGCGGACCUUUCUCAUGCCUUUUUGUGUUGGAAGGAUCAUUUGGUUUGGACGUGUAAGAUAUCCGAAGAAUUCUACCGUCAGGGGGAUGCUGAGAGGCGACUGAAGCUUCCGAUAUCUUCCGUCUGCAAUCGGGACUCUCACCACUGCCUGGCACAGAACCAAGUGGCCUUCCUGCAGAUCCUCGUUGAGCCUCUUCUGUGCGAGUUGGAGGGUAUUGAAGCGACGACCGAAGAUGAUCACCCCAGGAUGCCCUUUAUCAGAGAUACUCUCCGAAAGAGGUUUCAGAACAACGUGAAGCGUUGGACUGUGCUUGACAACAGCGGGAUGUAUAUUGUGAUAGACAGAGAAACCCUUUCCCGUGGUUUUUACCGGCAAAGCCAUUUGAAUGAAUGGCGAACAUCUGGAUAG